AGCGCAUCACCUAAGUCAUCCUUUUACGGGCUAAGAAUUGACACCAGAGUUCUCCCAUCUGCACGGCCAAACACCUUUCUCUCUCCCUCUCUCUGGGUGUGUGUGAGUGUUGGUGGUGGGUGUGUGAGUGUUGGUGGUGGGUGUGUGUUUGGUGGUGGUGGAGGGAGAGAGGAGGAUGGCAGGGGACGAGCUGAGGAGAGCGAUAAGCGGCGGCGGGGGAUGGAGGCGGACGGGGAGCCUGAGGGAGGUGUGGGGCAGCUCGGAGGACGUGUUCAGGAGAAGCGCUAGAGUUGGAGGGGAGGACGUGGACGACGAGGAGGCGCUGAGAUGGGCGGCCAUCGAGAGGCUACCCACGUACGACCGCAUAAGGAAGAGCGUGCUGAAACAGGUGAUGGAGGACGGGAAGGUGGUGCACGGCGAGGUGGACGUCAAAAGGCUGGACAUCGCCGACCGGAAGCUGCUGCUCGAGAACGUGCUCAAGGUGGUGGAGGAGGACAACGAGAGGUUCCUCCUCCGCCUCCGGGAUAGGAUAGAGAGAGUUGGGAUCGACGUACCGAAGAUCGAAGUCCGUUUCGAGAACCUGAGCGUGCAGGCAGAUGCUCACAUCGGCGGCAGAGCCCUCCCCACUCUCCUCAACGCCUCUAUCAACUCCAUCGAGGGGCUCCUGGGUUGCAUGAGGCUGUUUCCAUCUAAGAAGAGGGCCUUCCAGAUCCUCAAGGGCGCCUCCGGAAUCUUAAGACCUGGAAGGAUGACACUUCUGCUGGGGCCUCCAGGCUCGGGAAAGACAACAUUGCUGUUGGCACUUGCUGGAAAACUCGAUAGCGAGUUAAAGGUUGAGGGGAAGAUCACGUACAACGGGCAUGAGUUAACGGAGUUCGUGCCUCAGAGGACGUGCGCUUACAUCAGCCAGAACGAUGUGCACGAGGGGCAGAUGACGGUGAGGGAGACACUCGACUUCUCGGGGAGGUGCCAAGGGGUGGGGACAAGGUACGAGAUGCUUGCGGAGCUGGUGAGGAGGGAAAGGAGUGCGGGGAUCAAGCCUGACCCGGAGAUCGACGCCUUCAUGAAGGCUGCCGCCAUGCAAGGCCAGCAGGCCAGCGUCGUCACCGACUAUGUUAUCAAGAUCCUUGGUUUAGAUGUCUGCGCGGAUAUUAUAGUGGGAAACGAGAUGAUAAGAGGGAUUUCUGGAGGGCAACGGAAGAGGGUGACCACAGGGGAGAUGUUAGUAGGACCUUCCAAAGCAUUGCUCAUGGAUGAGAUCUCAACUGGACUUGACAGCUCCACCACCUUCCAGAUUGUGAAGUUCAUUAGGCAAUUUGUUCGUGUCAUGGAUGGAACCAUGCUGAUGUCUCUUUUGCAACCUGCACCUGAGACAUACAACCUAUUCGAUGACAUAAUUUUGCUUUCGGAGGGAUACGUUGUCUACCAAGGUGAUCGAGAGCAUGUGCUUGAAUUCUUUGAGUCCAUGGGCUUCAAGUGCCCUGAAAGGAAAGGGGUUGCAGACUUCCUGCAAGAGGUAACAUCAAAGAAGGACCAGGAGCAAUACUGGAGUGAUAAAGAUGCGCCCUACCGCUAUGUCACAGCUAAAGAGUUCUCAGAAGCCUACAGUCACUAUCGAGGUGGCCAACAACUAGCAGCUGAUCUUAGGAUCCCAUAUGAUAAAACAAAGUCUCACCCGGCAGCAUUAGAAACAAAGAAGUACACAAUGAGUAAUUGGGACCUAUUCAAGGCCUGUUUUUCAAGAGAAUGGUUACUCAUGAAGAGGAACUCUUUUCUUUACAUAUUCAAGACCACCCAGAUCACUAUCAUGUCUUUGAUCACCAUGACCGUAUUCCUGAGGAUUAAGAUGAAGCAUGAAACUAUCGCAGAUGGUGGAAAGUACUUUGGAGCUCUAUUCUUUAGUUUGAUUAAUGUGAUGUUCAAUGGAUUUGCAGAGUUGGCAAUGACUGUUAGCAGGCUCCCUGUGUUUUACAAACAAAGGGAUUUCCUGUUCUAUCCGUCAUGGGCAUUUGCUUUGCCCAUUUACGUUCUCAGGAUCCCACUCUCCGUAUUGGAGUCAGCAUUGUGGAUCAUUCUCACGUAUUAUACAAUUGGGUUUGCUCCUUCUGCUAGCAGGUUUUUCCGGCAAUUCCUUGCAUAUCUAUGUGUCCAUCAGAUGGCACUUCCUCUAUUUCGGUUCCUUGGAGCUGUGGGGAGGACAAUGGUUAUUGCCAACACAAUCGGAACCUUUGCAUUGCUUGUGGUUUUUGCACUUGGUGGUUUUGUGAUCUCUAAAGAUGACAUCAAGCCAUGGUGGAUAUGGGGAUACUGGAUAUCACCUAUGAUGUAUGGACAAAAUGCCAUAGCCGUCAAUGAAUUUCUUGAUAAGAGAUGGAGCAAGCCCAACACAGAUGCGAGCAUUGAUGCUCCUACAAUUGGGAAGGCCAUUCUUAAAUCUAGAGGCAUGUUUGUGGAAGAGUACUGGUAUUGGAUAUGCAUUGGGGCCCUCAUUGGGUUCUCACUUCUGUUCAAUGUAUGCUUUGUCCUUGCUCUCAAAUAUUUGAACCCUAUUGUAAGUGCUCAAUCAGUACUUUCUGACGAGGAUGGAAAAAAAGACAAGAAGUCAAGUUCCCUCAGAAAACAAAAGUCACGGCAAUCAAAUUUUGCUGCACAAUCUCCUAACAUAAUUGCUGAAGGAAUUGACAUGUCAAUCAGAAAUCGCACUGGAAGUCGAGGAUCAGAAACAAUGGCUCCAAAGAAAGGAAUGGUUUUACCUUUCCAACCACUUUCUUUGGUUUUUGAUCAUGUGAAGUACUAUGUGGACAUGCCUGCAGAAAUGAAAAGUCAAGGAGUUGAAGAAAAUCGGCUUCAAUUGCUGCGUGAUGUUAGUGGUUCUUUUAGACCUGGAAUUCUCACCGCUUUGAUGGGUGUAAGUGGUGCUGGAAAGACCACUUUAAUGGAUGUCUUAGCAGGGAGAAAGACAGGAGGAUAUAUAGAGGGAAGCAUAAAAAUUUCUGGCUAUCCAAAGAAGCAGGACACUUUUGCCCGAGUUAGCGGUUAUUGUGAACAGAAUGACAUACAUUCACCCAAUGUUACAGUUUAUGAAUCUUUGGUCUACUCUGCGUGGUUGCGCCUUUCUCACGAUGUAAAGGCAGAUACACGAAAGAUGUUUAUUGAAGAAGUUAUGGAGCUAGUUGAAUUGAACCCAAUAAGGGAUGCUCUAGUGGGCCUCCCUGGAGUGGAUGGUCUCUCAACGGAGCAAAGGAAGCGUUUAACUAUAGCUGUGGAGUUGGUUGCUAAUCCCUCAAUUAUCUUCAUGGACGAACCCACAUCUGGUUUAGAUGCCAGAGCUGCUGCCAUUGUUAUGAGGACAGUAAGGAACACAGUUGAUACAGGGAGAACUGUCGUGUGUACCAUCCAUCAACCCAGCAUUGAUAUUUUUGAAGCUUUUGAUGAGCUUCUGUUGAUGAAGAGAGGUGGACAAGUAAUUUAUGCGGGGUCCCUUGGUCAUCACUCUCACAAACUUGUCCAAUACUUUGAGUCAAUACCUGGAGUGCCAAGGAUUACUGAAGGAUACAAUCCUGCAACUUGGAUGUUGGAAGUUACCACAACUUUAGUUGAAGCUCAACUUGGUGUGGAUUUUGCCGAAGUUUAUGCCAAUUCAUCCCUGUAUAUGACAAAUCAGGAGAUUAUUAAGGAAUUCUCUGCUCCUGUUCCGGGUUCGAAGGAUCUAUUUUUCCCUACUAAAUACUCUCAAAAUUUUCUAGUUCAAUGCAAAGCAUGCUUCUGGAAGCAAUUCUGGUCCUAUUGGAGAAACCCACAAUAUAAUGCGAUCCGGAUGUUCAUGACAAUUAUCAUAGGUCUUCUCUUCGGAACCAUAUUUUGGAAAGCUGGAAAGAAAACAUCAACCCAGCAAGAGCUAUUGAAUCUCUUUGGGGCAAUGUAUUCAGCAGUUUUGUUCCUUGGUGCAAGCAAUUCAAUAACAGUUCAACCUGUCGUAGGUGUUGAGCGAUCAGUUAUGUAUCGUGAAAAAGCAGCAGGGAUGUAUUCUGCAUUGGCUUAUGCCGUUGGCCAGGUUGUCAUAGAGAUCAUCUAUAUUUUUGUACAAUCAGUUGUUUACUGCUUGAUUUUGUUUUCCAUGAUUGGCUUCCCUUGGGAAGCUGGCAAGUUGUUUUGGUUCAUCUAUUUCAUGUUCAUGUGCUUUGUGUACUUCACCGUCUACGGAAUGAUGGGUGUGGCUCUCACCCCUAACCACCACAUAGGCGCCAUUGUCAACUCAUUCUUCCUCACCUUUUGGAAUCUCUUCUCCGGCUUUCUCAUUGCUCGACCACUUAUUCCAAUUUGGUGGAGAUGGUACUACUGGCUUUCCCCCGUCGCGUGGACCCUCUAUGGGCUUAUCACCUCUCAGGUGGGGGACCUGGUCAGUCCAAUCGCGGUUCCAGGACAGGGCACCACCACAGUCAAGCAGUUCCUGAACGAUUCAUUGGGCUACAAAGAGAGCUUCUUGGGUGCGGUCGCUGGGGUUCAUGUAGCCUUCGUUGUCCUCUUCCUUGGCAUCUUUGCCUUUGCCAUCAGGCAUCUUAACUUUCAGAAAAGGUGAGAGAGGCAAAUAUGGAGGACGAUACGAUGUAAAAAAUUUCUCCAAUUCUCUAUGUAUGUAACAACAAAGUUAUUGCAACCUCUGCUUCAUCUUCGGUUCUGUUCUUUACUUUUCCAUUUUUUUUUUUUCAAUUGGCUUAUUCUGUUCCUUCUCCAAGUAUAUAUGAUCGUAAGAGUGACUGAUAUUGCGUCA